UUCGGCGCUGCUGUUCUCGUGACCCACUGAGAUGGAGGCUGAGCGGGCUGCAAUCAGAUGUUCAUCCGUGGCCUCCACGAUCGGACUUUUCUAUGAUCUUCUCCGGAUGCGCAGGAUGAUCCAGUAUGUGUUAGUUCUGCUGUUGGCAUCCGUGGUUCAGUCUGAUAUCUUCUCUUCCACUGCCCACCUUCAGAACCUUCUCCACCUGGAACGACACCUGGUGACCACCCUGCAUGAUUAUGUCGACAGGACGGAGGUGAAGCUGAACGAAGUCAAGAGGUACUUGAACCUCUUUUAUGAUUCGUAUCAAGAAGUCUUGGAGGAAAAAGUUCCAGUCCCUGGAAAUGGGGAAGACAUGGUUGCAAAUCCUCUUCAAGCUUACCAGCUGGUGAAACGGCUUUCUGUGGAUUGGAACACCAUAAGGAGGGCUAUGUCCACCGAUGAUUGGCUGCCCAUCCGCAAGUUGACGAAAGACUAUCGUCAGCUGAUGCCGGGAAAGGAGGACCUCCAGGGAGCAGCGCUGGCGCUGGUUCGCCUGCAGGACACCUACAAACUCAACAUGACGGACGUCGCACGGGGAAACAUACUCGGCGUUCCUCAAGGAACCUCUCUCACUGCCCGCGACCUUUUGUUUCUGGGCAAGCAGUCUUUCAACGCAGGAUACUAUGCACAUGCUAUUCGGUGGCUGGACGAAGCCAUGACAAAAGCCCGACUGGAAGGAAACACGACAGCUGGUGUCACAGAAAUAUUGGCCUUCCAAGCCUCGGCAGUGGACAUGCAUGACAAACUGUUUGAAAGGACCGACAUCGAUGUUUCUGAUUACGACACAUUUGGCUAUCCCCUCAACGGGACGCUAAGCGCACAUCGCGCAGCACUAGCAUCAACGCGAACGCGGAAGACGGUGAAACUCGGAAAUGGAGUGUCAGUCCACGACGAGCAAUUGAACUACAUGGCUCUUUGCAGAGGCGAAACACUUUUGAAUCCAGUACAAGAAUCAAAACUGAAAUGCUACCACGAAACCAGAAAACAUCCCUUUUUCCUGUUACAACCGCUGAGGGUUGAAGUCAGGAGUUUAGAGCCCCUUGUAGUGCAGUUCCACAAUUUACUGACUGAGGGUCAAACAGAUCUCCUAAGACAAAUUGCAGAACCAAAGUUAGCUCGAUCCAUGGUCCAGGCGGACAAGGGCAGCGAAGUGGUGUCCGUCAGCAGAACGAGCCAGAACGCCUGGGUGGGACCUAAGGACCAUCCUCUGAUGGCCCGGGUGUACAAACUGGUCGAAAGUGUCACCGGACUGUCCACGGACGUCGACGAGGGACACGCGGAAAUUGUACAGAUUGCUAAUUAUGGAAUGGGUGGUCACUAUACCCCUCAUUUUGAUUACUUAUUAGUUGAUAAGGAGCCAGAAGAGAUUCAAUACGUUCAUCCAAAAGAACUGGACGCGGGAGACAGAACUGCUACACUUAUGUUUUAUUUAUCUGACGUGACAAGAGGAGGAGCAACUGUUUUCCCGAAAGCUGGAGGAAGUGUGUGGCCAAAACAAGGUUCUGCAGUGUUUUGGUACAACUUAAAGAAAAGUGGUGGACCCGAUACUCUAACAUUACAUGGUGCAUGCCCGGUAGCUAUUGGUAGCAAAUGGGUGGCCAACUUCUGGAUAAGAGAAAAGGGUCAGAUUUUCCGACGACGAUGUGAACUGGACCCCGAGCUAUGAUGACGACGGAAAUACGACUACGACCCACCUCAUCGAAAAAACCAUACGAUCGGACUCACUGUUCUUGGAAUAUUGGGAAAACACUAUGUGUGGAUGGACAAUGUCCUGUUUUAGUCCCAGGGUGCAGCUUUUAUGUCUCACUUUUGUAUUUAUAAUUCUCUGUUGUGUGAAGUUCUGUAACAUAAAAGGAUUGAGAGAGAAUUUUGCUUCGAUUUCGGUGCUAAAGCAUUCAAUGCAUUUGUGAUUUGUGUUUUUAUGGAGGCGAAAUAGCAAAAUUGGUUUCAUCAAGAAAUGUUUAUAUUUCUAAUAAAUAAUA